AUGAUAGACAAAAAAGCAGCAAAGACAUUCAAGAAAGUUCCCCUGUCAAACAACACCGUGGCCCGUCGGAUUGAUGAUAUGGCUCUUGAUAUUGUGGGACAAGUCGUGGGCAAAAUAAAACAAGCCGGUCAGUUCGCUUUGCAGCUGGAUGAAAUGACGGAUGUGAGUGGAGAAGCGCAGCUCCUGGCCUUCGUUCGUUACAAAGAUGUGUCGGACAUAAACGAGCAUAUUUUGUUUUGCAAAAGACUGCCAGGAAAGACAACCGGGGAAAAAAUGUUCCAGGUUAUUGACAGUUUUUUCAAAGAACACGAUAUACAGUGGAAACAAUGCAGCCACAUCUGUACUGAUGGUGCGGCUGCAAUGACGGGGAGCGUGAAGGGACUGUUCGGACAAGUGAAAAAGGUAAACCCCGACAUUAAAUGGAUGCACUGUAUUAUUCAUCGGGAAGCUCUGGCUAGUAAGAGAAUGAGCCCUGAUCUAAAUGCUGUUAUGGAUGACGCUGUGAAGAUGAUAAACUUCAUCCAGUCCCGGCCACUGAAUCACAGACUGUUCGAAACUCUUUGCCAUGAGAGCGGCGCGCAACACGACCAGCUACUGCUUCACACAGAUGUCUACUGGCUGUCUCGUGGAAAAACGCUACUGAGGCUUUAUGAACUUCGCAGUGAAGUUUUUGCGUUUUUGAAGGAGCAGCUGCACCCUCUUGCUGUGGUGUUUGAGGAUGCCAAUUGGGUGGCACGCCUGGCAUAUCUCGCUGAUGUGUUUACCAAACUCAACGAGCUCAACCUCUCACUCCAGGGCAAGGAGUCACACAUCCUGAGGAUGUACGAGAAAGUGGAAGGGUUCACAAAAAAGCUCAAUCUGUGGCAAAAGAAAUGUGAGGAGGGUGAUGUGAGCCAUUUCCCAUUACUUCAUGCACAUCUUGCCACUACUGAUGUCACCAGGGCUCCAGUGGUGAAACAGGUGGAAGAACAUCUAUCCAAACUCAACUCAGACUUUAACCAGUACUUUCAGGAUAUUGACAAAAAGUCAGAAAGCCUGGAUUGGGUGAGGGACCCAUUCACUGCAACUGAGAGCAGCAACAAGCUUCCUGCAAGGCUGCAGGAGCAGCUGCUGGAUGUGUCUCCUGACCGGGGCCUGAAAGUGGCACAUAGAGAAAAGACAUUGACAGUGUUUUCGUGUAAUGUGGAGAAGGAAUAUCCUGAAUUGGGAAAACAUGCACUGAUUGAACUUUUACCUUUUGGAUCAACAUAUAUGUGUGAGGUGACAUUCUCAGCUCUGACACACAUAAAAACAAAUAAGAGGAACAGGCUGGAUGUGGAGAACAGCCUGCUAGCAGCUGUUUCCACACUGUCCCCAGAUCUAGCAAAGCUGAUGAAAGACAAGCAAGCUCAAGUGUCCCACUAA